UGUGAGAGCUCAAUUCGAUCCUCUUCCAACAGCACCUGUUAGCGUCAGUGUCCAGGACUGCAAAAUGAGUAGCAGUCUGACGCAAGCUAUGGCUGACCUCAUCGUCGUGUUCUACAAGUAUUCUGGAAACGAAGGAGACAAGUACACACUCACCAAAUCGGAGCUGAAGAAUUUGUUACAGAAUGAGUUUGGGGAAUCCAUGAAUGCCGCCCAUGACAUCUCUGUGGUUGAGGGGAUUAUGCGUGAACUGGAUGAUAACAAGGAUGGUGUGGUGGACUUCAAGGAGUUUGUUGUUCUGGUCACUGCAGUGACUAUUGCCGCCAAUGAAUUCUUCCUCGACUGGUACAAAAGUAAUAACGAAUGAGUCAGUUAAUCAUUAAAUUAUAACUUUUAAGGGCAAAAGUCAGUCAUGGAUGAAAAGGUUUGAAUCAUUCCCAAACCCUAAUCCUAAUCCUGUAAUGUUGCAAAAGAUGCUUCACUCAUAAUCAAUUUAAUGUUUUCACUUUGCCCUUGAAAAUACUUCCACCUCAAUAAAGAUGUAAGCAAAAUG